CAACACUCUAAGUCAAAUGUAUCUCAAUCUCUCUUUUCUGGUGAAAUUUUGUACAUAAUUUUGAGCUUCAAGAAAUUCAUUAACUCUCUAUCAAGGUUUAUAAACAGCUAGGUACAAAUAAGGCUCCACAAAUCAAAUAGAAUUUCAGUAAUGGAGCCACCAUUGAAUUUGAGGGUGUUGUCAACUCUAGACGCCGCAAAAGUACAAUACUACCAUUUCCGAGCAAUCGUCGUCGCCGGAAUGGGUCUUUUCACCGACGCCUACGAUUUCUUCUGCAUCUCUCCGAUCAUGCAGCUCAUCGGCUACGUAUAUUACUACGAUGAUGACGGCGAUAAACGUCAUCAUCCGCUCCUCCUCUUCACCGACGAUGUUCCGGCCGUCGUAACCUCCUUCCUUGUGUCCAUCACUCUCUUAGGCACCGUCGUCGGACAGCUGUUAUUCGGCCGGCUGGGCGACUUGAUGGGUCGCCGGAAAGUCUACGGGUUUGCCUUGAUGAUCAUGGUUUUCAGCUCGAUAGCUUGUGGGUUCUCCGUCGGGAGGUGCCGGAGCUGCGUUCUGAUCAGCCUGGGGUUGUUUAGGUUCUCCCUGGGAGUCGGAAUCGGAGGGGAUUACCCGUUGUCGGCGACGAUAAUGUCGGAGUUUGCCAACCGGAGCACCCGAGGGGCUUUCAUUGCGGCGGUUUUCUCCAUGCAAGGUUUUGGGAUCUUGGUGGGGUCUACUGUUAUAAUGGUGACGUGUGCGGUGUUCAACCGGGCAUCUGGUCAUCCUGAUAGGCCGGCACCGGAGGUGGUUGACCUUGCUUGGAGGGUGAUUCUGAUGAUCGGUGCAAUUCCGGCCGGGCUGACGUUCUACUGGCGUAUGACCAUGCCGGAAACUGCCAGGUACACAGCACUAAUAGAAAACAAUGUGGUGAAAGCAACAAAAGACAUGCAGAAAGUCUUUAAUCUCUCAUUGAGUCCUAUUGCUGAAGAACCAGAUGGUGAAGAAGAUGAUCAAAUUAAUCCAGAAUCCCAAAUUCCAACGACAUCAUCAUCAACCUCAUCAUAUCCUCUUUUUUCCAAAGAGUUCUUGCAUCGACACGGCCGCGACCUAUUUUCUUGUUCACUGGCAUGGUUCCUCGUAGACGUUGUGUUUUACAGCAACAACCUCUUACAAUCCCACAUUUACAAACGUUGUCUGGAUCUCGGAAGUGAUCACUUGAAUGCCUAUGAUGCUGCAUUUAGGGUUGCGAAACUCCAGGGCAUCAUAGCUGUAUGCUCCACCAUUCCAGGUUAUUUUGUUUCUGUCUACUUCAUCGACCGAAUUGGAAGAGUCCCUAUUCAGAUGGCAGGUUUCUUCUUCACGGCCAUCUGGUUAUUCGCUAUCGGGAUUCCAUAUUACUCUUACUGGAGAGGCAGCCAGAGUAGCAGUAGCACGGCGGGAUUCAUGACGUUGUACGGCCUCAUCUUCUUCUCAUCUAACUUUGGACCAAACACGACGACUUUCAUAGUCCCCGCGGAGUUGUUUCCCGCCCGGUUUAGGUCGACAUGUCAUGGCAUAUCCGGAGCGGCUGGAAAAGUAGGAGCCAUUAUUGGAGCUGUUGGAUUCCUUUGGGCUUCCCACGGCCAUGCUGGAAACGGUUAUGGGAAAGGGUUAGGAAUGAGAGCGUCGCUAAUCAUCCUAGGCAUUGUGUCGCUAAUAGGAUGUGCCGGGACUUGGUUGUUUAUGCCAGAGACCAUGGGAAGAUCCCUAGAGGACAACGAAGAAGGAGUUAUUCGUUCUUCUCCACAACCAAGAAGAUUUUCAUUCCUUGUGAGGAGAAGUAACGAAAUCGCGGCGAAUGCCUGAUAUUAGUUACUUUGGAGUUGGACACAAUAAUACUAAUGCUCGAUGACUUUAUGAGAAGGCGAUAGAAAAGUACAUCAAAGAUUAUAUAUGGAGGUUUUUGUUUUAGUAAUAGUGUACGUAGAUGCUUGAAGCAGUUAUCCACUCUGCACUUGGCUAUUCAGCAUUAGCCCUGAACAUAUAUACAGAUGAACAUUUGUAAGCAUUUCAUCAAUGUCUUAUAUGUACAUAUAUAAAUUGACCCUUUAUUAUCUUAUCUAAACACGUCAUAUAGUUAGUUUCUC